AUGGAGCCAAAAUGGAGCCAAAAUGGAGACAAAAUGGAGCCAAAAUGGAGCCAAAAUGGAGCCAAAAAGGAGACAAAAAAGGAGCCAAAAUGGAGACAAAAUGGAGCCAAAAUGGAGACAAAAUGGAGCCAAAAAGGAGACAAAAAGGAGCCAAAAUGGAGACAAAAUGGAGCCAAAAUGGAGCCAAAAUGGAGCCAAAAAGGAGACAAAAAGGAGCCAAAAUGGAGACAAAAUGGAGCCAAAAAGGAGCCAAAAAGGAGCCAAAAUGGAGCCAAAAAGGAGACAAAAAGGAGCCAAAAAGGAGACAAAAAGGAGCCAAAAUGGAGACAAAAAGGAGCCAAAAUGGAGCCAAAAUGGAGCCAAAAUGGAGCCAAAAUGCUGACAAUCUUCCGCGCUGGAGGGCGUGUCGAAGCCGGCGGUGAUGCGGGUGUGGGGCGGGCAGUCCUGGGGAGGCAUGGGAGUGUCUCCUUGGGGACAAAGUGUCUCCUUUUGGCAGGAGACAGUCCCCUCCGGACAGCUGUCUCCUUGGAGACAGGAGACAGCCGCCCGGGGGCAGCAGGAGACAGCGUCUGGGGCGCAAAGUGUCUCCUUUUGGCCGCAGGAGACGGAGCCCGCGGGGCAGCUGGCCCCGCUGCUGCAGGAGACAGUCUCCGCGGGGCAGCAGGCGACAGCAGCAGCAGCACAAAGUGUCUCCUCCUCGCAGGAGACAGUCCCUCCCGGACAGAAGCGCCGCGGGUCUCUGCAUGCAACGCACUGCUUCAAAAGGGGACUGUAGAAGUAGCCUUUGCUGCAGAGACACUGAGCAGCAGCAGUGGCCCCUUGAGCAGCAGUCCCCGAGUUCUCGUCGCAGGCCCUGCAGCUGCUGUUGCCAAGUGUCUCCUUGUAGGUGUUCACGGGGCAAAGGAGACACCCCUUGGUCUCCUCCGCUGCUGCUGCGCCUGCUGCUGCUGCUGCAGCGCCUGCUGCUGCAGCAGAGCUCGCCGUGCGGUAGUAGUACCCCGGGCCGCACACGCACUCUGCUGCUGCUGCUGCUCCUGCUGCUGCUGUUGUCAUCGAAAGGGGACACUUCACGAGGCCCCGCUCCUCUCCUGUCUCCUUGUCCAGUCCCCCCCGACAGUAAUACCCCACGGGACACUUCUGCAGCAAGGCGCAGCAAGGAGACACUUGGAGACACAAUUGGAGACACAAUUGGAGACACACUUGGAGACACAAUUGGAGACACUUGGAGACGCAAUUGGAGACAUAAUUGGAGACACUUGGAGACGCAAUUGGAGACACAAUUGGAGACACUUGGAGACGCAAUUGGAGACACAAUUGGAGACACUUGGAGACACACUUGGAGACACAAGUGGAGACAGAAGUGGAGACACAAGUGGAGACGCUGUUAGAGACAAAAUUGGAGACAUUACUGGAGACAAUGUUGGAGACACUAUUGGAGGGCGGAUUCGAGAGAAAUUUGGAGACAAAAAGCAUUUGGAGACAAAGGAGACACCACCCGAGCCAGAGCUGGAGAGACAACUGGAGGCGCGGGACAGCUGGAUUUGGGGGUUUGGGGGCUGCGCGCAAACCCUAAAAAAGGGUUUGGCGGACCGUGCAGAUCUGCGUGUCCGGGUCCCUGUACUCCCCCGGCUCGCAGACGCAAAGGGAGACAGAGUCCGCGCCAGCUGUCUCCGUUAUGGCCCCGAGGGGACAGGAGACAGGCCAGCUGUUGGAGACAGUGUCUUUGAAGGUCCCCUGCGGCACGGGGAGACACUGUCUCCCACUGUCUCCGUCGCUGCCCAGCGGCGCGAAGCCCGGCCGGCAGCUGCGCGCAAAGGAGACACUUGGCCCUCGGAGGCCAUGGGGACAACCGGAGACAAACGGAGACAUCGGAGACAAACGGAGACAACAGGAGAGAAAUGGAGAGAAACGGAGACAAUAGGAGACAAUAGGAGACAAUAG